AUGUCCAAUUUUGCUGAGUGGACUGAACCCUCAACACUGCAGGGGCCACAAAUGCCCUUCUGGAAGCGGGCCGAGACCCGAUGGAAACAACAACAGGCGUUAAAAUUAAAGUUGGAGGUGUUCUGUCGGCGUUACUGCCCGCUGCAACUACACUUAGUGCCACUUCUCGCUGCAGAGUAUAAUAGCCGUGAGGAGAAAUUAAAUGAAGAACUCUUCGCCAUCUACGGCCACUCACUCACAGAACUGCAAACAGCAGUAGUAGAAGAAGAAAAAGAAAAAGAAAUGAAGAUGAAUGUAGAGAGAGGAAACACACAGAGUUCAUCUACGCUCUGUGGGACUGGAGAUUUCGUUAGGAAUCCUAUGGAGCAGGCUAUGGCUCUAGCGACUUAUUUCGGUUUAGAUCCUUACUAUGUUAAGGCAGUGGAAAAACGUGUGAGGCUCGCAUCUAUUAAGAGAAAUAAUCUAAACAAGUAUGAAGAAGAAAAAGAAGAGGAUAAAGAAGUUAAAAUACAAGAAACAGUACUCUUUGAGGUUCUAGCCACUCUUUUCCCAGAUGUAUUACUUCAUGUAUUGAUGGAGUCUAAACAACGUGAGACUCUUGUGAAGAGACGUUUAUUGUCUUUCUUAUCAUUUCAUGAACCACAUGAUAAUAAUAAUAAUGAUAAUAAUAAUAGUACUAUUAAUACAAAAUCUCUCACUUUAUACGAUAAUGAUUUCUCAGAAAUGUGCCAAAUAUUUCAUGAUGCUUUUCGAAAAUACUACGGAUCUUUUCUCACAAGGCAGAAAGUGAUUGAAGACCACACUGUGCUACUUCCUUUUAAACCACUUGAGGAACAGGAGGAUGUGGCUCUUUAUACUCAUCCGUUCACAAAUGAAAAAGAUCCCAUGCAACAUCUUAAACAGAAAAUGUACCGUGGAGAUGUGGGAACCAUGACAGAUUUACCAUGUACACAAUAUAUUGGUCAUUCUCCUUAUUAUAAUAAUAAUUAUAAUAAUAAUUAUUAUUAUCCUCUUUCUUCUUCUUCUAUUGCGGUGAAUAUGAGUGGUCGUAUAUACGGUACGGGGCUUCCACUCUUUGGCGGCGCUCACAAUGGGGUUCGCUGUGAUGUUGAGCAAUUAAGGCGAGAACGGGUUCUCAUGAAUCCACAGAAGUCUCUUUUGCCGAAUUCAUCUAUUCUGUUAGAUGCGGCGAGUUGUCAAAAGUGUGUUUUUCUGGAGGAACAGUUAGUGCAGAUGCGGGCAGAACUCACACGUCUACACUGUAUCGCUAUAGCAAAUGAAGAACAAAAAUAUUAUAAUGAAGCUGUAAAAUACUCACUACAAGAAAAAUAUUAUUCUUUCCCUAAUAAUAGUAGUACUACUAAUACUAAUACUAAUAUAGUAGACACAUCUGUGGUAAAUAUAUCUCAGGGUAUUAUAGAACCACAUCAUAAAUGUCUCAUGUGCAAAGAGCUGCGGCUGACAAUAAAACAACUGGAGUCUAAACUACGUGAAAGUUAUGAUAACAGACGAGAACUACUCAUUAAAUUACGUCAAGUUCAACUCCCAGUUUCUCCGAAUGUGGUUUUAAUAUCAAAUCAUAAAGGAGAAAAAAAGACAAGGACUGUCUCUACAAUGACCUUAUUAAAAGGUCAGCAAUUGGAUGAAAUGAGAGGGUAUAUGAUACUUGACUGUCUUUAA